AUGACUUAUACCUUCACUUACUGCAAGGAUGAGUCUGGGUCAACGACAGGUACGAUCUUGUCGUUUGAUAACUGCACCCUGUUGAUAGAUCCGGGAUGGUCGGGCGGAUGCAGCUACGAUGAAUGUAUGGCAUACUGGAAAGAAUGGAUACCACAGGUGGAUAUAAUUUUGCUGUCCCAGCCAAUACAAGAAUGCAUAGGUGCCUAUGCUGCGCUGUUCUUCGACUACAUAUCCCACUUUAAUUCGAGAAUUCAGGUCUACUCAACGUUGCCGGUCGCCAAUCUGGGUCGCGUGGCCACGGUGGAUUUGUAUGCCAGUCUGGGUAUCAUUGGUCCGUUCGACACGAAUCGAAUUGACAUUGAGGACAUAGAUACUGCUUUUGACCACCUGAAUACGGUGAAGUACUCACAGCUAGUGGACCUGAAAUCUCGCUUUGAUGGGUUGAGCCUUGUGGCAUAUAGCUCAGGGUUUGCGCCGGGCGGGACAAUAUGGUGUGCAAAUACCUAUUCAGAGAAGGUUUUGUACGCCCCUCGUUGGAACCACACGCGGGACACAAUCCUGAACAGUGCCGACCUUCUGGACAAAGGUGGAAAACCGUCCACCGCGCUGAUGCGCCCCUCUGCAGUGAUAAUGUCUGCCGCGCAUGUUGGCCCAUCAACACCAUACCGCAAGCGAUCACAGAAAUUCAAGGAGGUCAUAAAGAAGGCACUCUCUGCAAAUACGUCCGUCAUUCUCCCGAGUGCCAUUGGCGGAAAGUUUCUGGAGCUCUUCGUGCUUGUGCACGAUAUACUACAUGAGAAUAAAAAGUCCGGCCUCCAGGCAGAUGCUCCAGUGCUGCUUCUGUCAUACUCGCGGGGUCGUACGCUCACAUAUGCCAGAAGUAUGCUGGAGUGGCUGUCUUCUCAGCUGGUAAAGACCUGGGAAUCGAGAGACAAUAAAUCUCCCUUUGACCUUGGGAACCGUUUGAAGAUAGUGAAUGUCAAUGACCUUGCCAAUUACCCAGGCACGAAGAUAUGUUUUAUCUCGCAGGUGGAGACUCUCAUAAACGAUGCAUUGAGUAAGGUGUGCACCAAGGAAAAAGCUAUGCUAGUCCUAACAGAAAAACCUACUUACUACUCCCACACAAUCGCAAUCUUGGCCAAGGCGUAUGCUAAGUGGGAACGCGCUCUAAAUUCUAAUAACCUAAAUGCGGUAGAAGGAAACCCAAUUGCUUAUUCCGAAUCACUUUCGUUGCAAUUCAGCAAGACGAAGCCGCUAACUGGAUCCGAUCUUGAGGAGUUCAAAGAGCGGAUUGAGGCUCGUCGCAAGGAGAGGGCUGAACUGCUAUCGUCUUUCCAGUCUAAUGAUAACCCUGCCGGGGCUUCUGCGUUCACCGCUAUUGAAGACGAUGACGAUGAGGAGGAAGAUGUUCUUCGGCCACACGGUGCUGGUGCUCUCUCGACAAAAGUCGAAAUCCCGACUGAUCUCAUUAUCCAGCCGAAUGCGCUCCCGAAGCAUAAAAUGUUCCCCUUCCAACCGGGAAAGGUGGCACACGAUGACUACGGCGAACUUGUAGACUUUGAGCGGUUCCUACCCCAGAGCGCUCCAUCAUCAGCAAAGCGGGGUGCUACUAAUGAAGAAGACGAAGAAAGCUACGAUCCGCAUGACUUUGAGGAUAUCCGCAGAAAUGGCAGCGGCGGGAAGCGUAGACGGAGAGAACAAGACGCAUUGCAGCGCCAAAUGAACCAAGAUAACCUUUCCUACCUAGACACAUUGACUAAGCCGCAGCACCGCACCUCCAACACCCAGAAAGUUGUCAUCCGCUGCACGAUGGCCUUUGUCGAUCUCGCCGGUCUCGUCGACGAAAGAUCCAUGUCCAUCAUCUGGCCCGCCCUCAAACCGAGAAAGAUGGUCCUCCUUCCGUCAGACGCUGCAUCCGUUUCUCCAGUCGCCCAGCAGCUCCAGAAGAAAGGCCUGGACGUUAUCGAACCAGAGCUCAACAAAUCCCUAGUUAUUAAUACCUCGCUCCGGUCCCUGGACAUUUUCAUAGACGCUGAGAUGGACCAGAUGCUCAACUGGCAGCGCAUCAGCGAGGUCUACACCGUUGCCCAUGUCGUGGGACGACUUACGAAGGAGAAGGACACCAAGGUCAGCCACAGAGACAAAUGGGUGCUCAAGCCACUCCCUAAUGCCAGCGCCCGAAUGCAGACGACUGACUCGCUGCGCAUAGGAGAUGUCAGAUUGGCGGAACUCAAGCGAAAGUUGACCGCUGCCUCUCACGUUGCAGAAUUCAGAGGCGAGGGUACCUUGGUCGUCGAUGGCCGGGUCAUCGUCAGAAAGAUCAGCGAGAGCGAAACAGUGGUGGACGGUACGCCCUCCGACCUGUUCUACAAGGUCAAAUCGGCAGUAGCAGACAUGCUGGCAAAGGUGUGA